UGGAGAUAAGUAGGAGCAUGAAAGGAAAUAAACUAGAUAAACACCCAGAAAAAUAGCCUCUAUCUAUAUUCAGCAAAGCAAAAAAAAAGUACAUGCCCUUGUAGUCUGCUCGGUGAAAGGUUGAUCAUGGAGGACGAUCUUCUUGGUGAUGACGUUGCCUUCGGCCUCGAUGACCCUUUCGGGUAUGGAGAUGAGGAUGAGAGCAUGCUCGUCGAUGUUGGCGCAGCCAAUCAUGGAGGAGAGCAGAUGAGCUUGGCAUCCACAUCUUCGAACGACAACAAGCAAGCAAGGCGCGUGCGUGAUGUCGUCCCUUGGCAUCGCAUCAACGUGGAUCCAGUCACUGGCGAAGUGAGCUUCAAGCUCAAAUGGGCGCUACCGUCGGCGAAUAAUACGAAGUCACAGCUAUCAAAAGUACAGAAGAACCUCGACAAAAGCCACGGCGUCAUCGUGCCUCUUCCGAAAUUGGAUGGAUCUCCUGCUGAUUUGGUAUCUUAUGGGCUUACGUCUUCUCCUGUUUGACUUGUCGCCGUAGAUCUAUUUGCUGCUCUGUUGCCAUCGGGUGGAGCCUCGUCGUGUUAUCUUAAACGACCUCCCUCUCCUUCCGAACGUAUUUGCGCCACAUCCUCACUCUAUACCAGGUUGCCAUCUUGCUGUAUCGCAGGCUGACGGAGGACGCUGACCAAUAUGAGGCGGUUGCGCGUGCUGCACCGUUUUACCACAUCAUCAAAGGCGUGGAUAUCGACAACUUCUGCGACAAAAUCAAAGAGAUGGAGCGUUACUGCGAGCAGGCGACGUCGCACCUCAAUGCGAACGCGGCGGCUAAAAAAAGCGCCUUGGCUUUGCAGGUUUUCUAUGGAUCCGCGCUUAUGGUGAAGAACUAGAACUGCUAGUAGUAGUCUCUUUUCAUCUUUUUCCAUGAUGAUGCAUCUUUUCAUGAGUCUGGAGAUAGAUUACCUUCCUACACUCCUCGCACCCUCCGAGAACAACCGUGGAAACAACAGAAACAAUGCAUAUCGACCUGGUCUGCGGUUUACCUGGUGCUGCGGCUUAGCGAGGGAAUCAGUUCGAUGGAGCUGAACCUAGUCCGUAGCUUUCUGCAACGACAAGCUGGAAGCGUGAACUCGACCUACUGGCUCGGAUACGACUUUUCGACGAUUAGAAAAAAGAAAGUUUGGGGUGGAAAUGUAUACGCUAUGAGAUAUUUAGACCUGCGCUGGGUUUCUUCUUGGUGUUUUCUACUUGUGGACUUCUUCUUGCUGCGUUGAAAAUGUUGCUUUCUGCUAGUAGAACACUGUGACCCCCAUGAGAUGACAACUGUAGCAUACUCGUUUCUACUAUGUCGCUUAACGUAAUCUUUCUCCCCCUUAACAACUGCAGCUUUUUUGGAUCGACGACGUUUCCUUCGGUGACGAUCUCGCUCAGACGGUCGAAGAAACGCACUGGUGUCCUUUUCCAAUGCAGGACGCUGAGCAGCUCUUUUUGAAAGAGCGAAAAUCCAGAGAGGCGACCCGCUAUUCAGUCGCGGCGUACAUGGAGCUCCUCACCAUGGCUUUUGGUCCCGGCGUGGUUUCACAAAUAUGGCGGGAUGUUGGUAGCACAAUCGACAGCAUAGACCUUGAACCUUGGGAGCUGCUCGGUGAACUCGAUGAUGAUCCGGAGGAACCGCUUUUGGAGGUGCAUUGUUUGCCAGACCAAGGCUCUUCGGAGUUAAGAGCUGUCCAGACAAUCUUUCAAUGGUUUCCGGGGACCUGGAGUAGUCCGCUGGCCCAUAGGCUUUCGAAUGAUUGCAAGGGGAUCUUCGAUGAAGUUUCGACGGGUGCCGGUGGAUGGAGGCGCUACUCGAUGGGACCCAGAGGCAGCAGGCAGAACCAGUCGAAGUUCUACACUGCUCGACAAGAGUUGCUUGAAGAAGCUCGCGGUCCACCGCUCGAAGAGAUGCGGCUCUAUACCACUAGAAUGCUUGCGCAGAUGCGGGCUACUUCGGUCGCUGAAGCACUAGAGAAGCGUACUUGUUAGAUUUUUUCUUGUUCUUUUGAUAAAAAGGAAACGGCGCCCCCCACUAGAAUAGGCCGACUUUAGUCAAAGUAGGCACUUCCAUGCGGAUUCGCUAAAUAUAGACUUCUCAAGGGUCUCCCAAGGGCCCCCCCUGAAAAAAGUAAUUAUUUAAGAAAACGACCUCCAGGAACGACUAGUGUCCAUCAUUUGGGCUCGAGCUUUUUGACCUCCUUUUGAGGUCAGAAAUCCAGGACUUCGCAAGUUUUCAAAACUUGCGAACUUUUGGGAGUUCGAUUUUGUUAGAUAGCCGUGAUCUCUAGUGCUGUUAUGAAGAAAUAUGAAGCCUUUUCCUCUUUCUAUCACCACGAUGGUCUCUCUUACUUGGGACGUUUUUCUAUACUUCUCGCCCGUCAUCUACUCCUUCGCCAACCCAUAACUUGCAGCUUUCGAGAUCGUGCACGGAACGAACGCGAGGUGGUUCAGGGAUUUCCAGUUCGCCAAGGCGAUGCAAGGAGAACAUUGGCGAUGCCGCUUUAUCCUCAACGUGAUUCGCGAAUACGAAGAGUCGGAGAAGAAAGGAGGCGCGCGUCAAGAGCUAGUAGAAGCCCCAGCAGUAGUGCGGGUUGAUUCUGAUAGUGAGGACGAUGAACGACCUGCACCAAGAGGCUGGGUAGGCUAUGCCUCAGACUACGACUCGAUGCUGGCAAAGAUAAAACCGGAGUACUACGACGUAGUCGUUGACUUGACGAUGCCGCAUCAUGGGCUCUACAAGUUGCUCGAGUCGUUGACUGCUAGUAGUACUUUUGACGCACCUCUGAAAAGUGACAGGGCUCUGCUGCACCUCGCCCGGAAGUUCCUCGGCAACGACAUUCCUGCGGAUGCCAAUCUUUCAACGCCGGUGGUUCAGUUGAGGCUAUCAAAGAACAGGAGGAACAUCUGGAAGUUGCUCUUUACUGACAUCGUCAAAAUGACAUCGAAGUCUGACCUGCACCUCCAGCGUUGCGGCGGCAUUUUGGCCAACAUAGUAAAUAAUUACUUCUUCGACGUCUAUGAUCCGCAAUUUGGCAUUUUGGAGAGCAUCUCGCACGGGCAUCUCAACAUCGCGCCGGACCGCUUGAACUUUAUCGAGAAGCUUCUUCCUUACAGCUUGACGAUAACCGCGAAAAGAGGACUGGCUUGCGUGGCGCGUGGCAAGUUCGGUCUCAUCGUGGAGUACUGCAGGCGAAGGGUCAAAACUCAGCCUCUUUAUGAAAAAGAGGCAGAGGCUCAGUUCAAAGAACGCAACCUGCUGGAAGAAGUCUGGACAUCUUCUUCUAACAGCAUGUGGACUAAAAACAUGCAACGUCUUCAGGCGGCAUACCGGCACAAGCGCUACCGCUUCCCGAAAGUUGACGAUCUGAAGCAGGUCCGUCCACUAACACCAGCGGCAUACGAUCAGAUCUUGCAGGAGUGUGCUGCCGGAGACAAGGACGCUCAGGACUUGAAAUUCUUAAUCGAUGAGCACAUCAGCGACGAAGUGAAGACCAAGGGCGUCAGCGGGUUUUACACUGGCAUGAUGCACAACUUGAAAGAAACGAUGGCGCAACGUUGGAAGAAUGGAACCACCUGCCCGAAGCAGCGCGUUGUGGAGGAUAUGGCAGCUGAUGGCGGAUUCGUCUCGUACUCUGCGAAUAAAUUGGGAUUCCGAGGCGCGCAGCUCAUCUUCUGCCUUUCUAGUACUUGGGAAGACCAGUCAGAGCGCAUUUACCACGAGACGCUCAGCUGCCGCAUUGUCAAGGAGCGCCGCCUCGAAGCCAAGGACUCAGUGUUCAUGCGUUUGCCAUCGGCCGAGCAAGCCGUUAUAAAGGCGACUCGCUGGAGGGAGGGCUGGCAUCAGGGUUAUCAGUGCUUCUACAACGAGAUGGAGGAUGCCUUCAUCGCGCCAGUUCGCCUGGAGGACUGCCAUUUCUGCACUGGUCUCGUUUCCAUGACGGACCUAUUCGAAGGCGAGGUGCAGCAGAUUCGUGAUCGGCAUGGAAAUGGGUUCCGCUUUCGCUUCAAGGACGAGCGUUGGAUCUCGUCGCACACGCUGGCGGAGACGUUCUUUACCUCGUUGGGCGUUGAUGUGCAGCUGGGUGCUUUUGGUCGUCUGAUGCGGAAGCAUCCUGAUGUCAGUGAGGAAACCUACGCUGCUCUUUCGGUGAAGGAGCGACUCAACAUCUUGAAGAACAUGAACAAGGGCGCAAUUGGCCCGGACUUCGAGCAGAUGAUCAAUGAGCUCGCAACUCCUGCAAAGCGGGUCAUCUCCAAAGGCGGGCUCCAUUCGUUGUCGCCUGAAGCAAAGCGUCGGCACAUCCUUGCAAACACUGCUUCUUGUGGGCGCUUUGCUGAGAGCGAGCUUCGCGAGUACGCUCCUCAUGAAGAAGGGCUUCAGCGUUACAAGCCAGGGUACAGAUACGAGCUAAAACCAAAGGAGCAGCCAAAUCAACUACUACCGUCCAAACCUGUUGCGUUUUUCCGCUCGCACCGCGUGGCUGGAGGAAAACUCCCCGACAAGGUUCGAAUCCACUGGGAGACUGCAGAUUUUUACCCGCGGCUGGUUAAACUCGCGCCGGAAGUGCCAGCAACGGGGGAUGUAGAUAAGAAGGUUGCAGAACAAUUAGUGCAGUACGUUGUAUUUGAGAAAAAACUUGAAGAAGGUAGUGUUAAACUGUACAGAGUUGUAGAACAAGAAGGUCACGCUUUAGGUACAAAAUAUUUAGAAGUUCCUAUUCCUUCGAGUGCUUUCGCUGUCUUAACGGACACGAGACUGCAGGCGCAGGUCGCAGCCAGAGAAAAAGCGGCUGCAGAGGCUGCGGAAGUGGAAGGCGUUGGUGGUGUUGGUGCAUCUUCGUCUUCAGGGGCAGGGAGUAAAACUGUAGCGAAAUCAUCCAUGAAGAAAGCGACUACUGCAGCCGCCAGUAAACCAAUGAAAAAAGCGGGGGAAAAGAAGUAGUCUAGUAGUUGGUCGCCAUAGUAGUACGUCAUAGCAGCACCCAUUUAGCGUUCCCAUUUCUUUAAAAUCAUUUUCGAUGUGAAAGCUUUAUCUUCCGUCAGGUUUUGCAUGGUGUCUUCUCGUGAUUUGCCACGUAGUUCUGUGGUCUCUUUGUAGUUUGAUAUACAACUUUCAACCAGUAAAAGCAUAAACUUAUUGUUUCUCGUAUUCAAUUAUUUACCUCGUUGCCCUCCUAUACUAGUAAUUUUGAACACGCAGUAGAUCAUGGGGCGACCGUCUUCAUAUUUUUCCGCGCGACAUCUUAUCGUCGUCGGCUCUGCUAGUAUUUUCCAGCGUGUCACUGUCUUGGCUAUAUUUUGCACAUUCAUAAACAGCUACACUCUUACUCAUUCAACAAGUGCCUACUUUCUUAUCGUUAAUAUAGUUGAAGCCUUAUUAUGCGCGCUGUCGUGCACAAUGCUUUGCCCUAGACUCCCAUGCUUGACCCUGCAGAUAGCGACUCACUGGACUGAAAUGCAGCUGCGAACUCACAUUCGAUAAUUCUUGCCAGUUCCUUUGCGUAAUCAGCUCCACACUCAACGUAAAACUGCUCGAGGGACCUAGUUAGCCUGGCGUAUUUCACUCCAGGCGCCGGCGGAUAUAAGUAGAGCAUCUUUUUGCAGGUCCCGCUGGAGUGGAUGACAGAGGGUUGUUGAUCUAUUGGAAAAGGCUGGCUCAGCGGGUGGCGCUACACAUUCUGAAACUCUAUCGGUUCAAGUGGAGCACUGAGUCAAUCGGUAGGAUUCUAGUCGGUGUUAUCGGAUAAGAGAUGAAGCGCCUUUUUUGAGAUAGAGCAGCACCCCUCGUCCGGAGCGACAAAGCCCUCGUUAACCAAGACCCUAACCGGGAUAAGGGCACUGCCGUGCAGAGUAAGGUCACUUCCAUUACUGCCCCCUAGCUCGUUCCGGGCAUGCAAUAGAAGAAAAUCGAAGUCCCCUCUUCUAUAUCCUUGUCCGCUGGCCCUAAAAAGAUGAAGGAGAUAUAGCAUUACUUUUCAGAGGUCGUCGCUAUUCGCUUUUCAGUACCUUAAGCUAGUUGGCAUAUAGUGCAUUGAAAGAAAAAAUCGUCAGAGCUAUGUCGUUACCGGCGAAGUGACACCCGAAGCGCUUGCGGCUCGUUGUUGCGGAAGCGUUGCACCAGCGGUUUCUCUUGGAUGCGGUGCUUUUGGUGUGGGUUGUCGAUAUGUUGGAGAGUUCCGUCAACCGUCUCAAACUCUGCAGCGGCCAAGAAGUAGACCAGCUCGCUAUCCUCGAUCUGCUUGCAAAAGAAGCUUCGGGCUUGCUUCUCAGCCAGUGUCGCAGCAGAGUAUGCCGACGUAGUAUUGACGAGGACCUCCGACACCCCGAGGCCGUCUUCGUAGCUACUAAGUAAAAACUGGAGCAGGUCUUUGGGGUUGAAGUUGUGGUCUUGAGAUUCGAGGUUCGUCUUGCUGUAGUCUGCAGCCUUAUGCACAUUCAUAGCGAAGAUGCUUGCUUCUUCUUCAGGGCAAAACCCCACUACAACGAAGCCGUGGAGAUCUUUGCGUCUGCUCGUCAAGAUGUGCCGCAUUUUUCGAUACCAUUGAGCGUUCUUGCAAGAAGUUCCCUUGAAUUGGAUCUGCAGCCAUCUCGCACUAGAAUAGCCUUGCUUCUCCAUGUUGUUCUGAAUGCUCGGCUUUAUCGCAAAAUCACUAGCGCACUCUGGAGUGUUUAAGAUCUCGAACCGCCUGCGUAGUAUCGAUUCAAAUGCGCGGCGGCACUCUGCCUCCACUUGCCUUGGACGUGUUCCCAUAGUGAGAUCCAAAAAUGAAAAGAGAAACAAUGGGAUCGGGCCAGGUUAUUAGAGAACCCCCUCUGUAGUGAUGGUUUGAGGAAUGAGAACGAGGUAUAUUGUCAGUCUAGUGUUGUUUGUAGUCUAUCAGGCUCUACCAUUUGGCGCCGUCUCUCUUUGAACGCAGUCAUUCCAAUGAGUCAGCAGAUCGGGCAGUUUUUCCCCCCUCGUUAAUUGAGUAAAGGCCCCUACUUUCUCGUCUCUCGUUCUUAGUCCAAUCAUCCUCGUCUUUUUGUAGCUCAUAGAAAGGUAGGUGAACUGAGUAGGCUCGUUUCUGUGCUAGGCCUUAGGGUUAGCGUAGAGCACUCUCAUAAAAGAACAUGGCCAGCGGACCCUUCCGAAGCUUUUGCUGCCGUUCCGACACGAGGCCACGGCACAAGCUGGCGAAAAAUAGCGCUAUCUGCCGGGCUGGAAAGGCCAUGCCGCGCCACCGAUCAGCGCGAGUCUCCGAUUGACACGGCAAGCCGUCAGGAGUCCGCCAUGGCGCCCAAGUCGCCACCUUUCCGACGCUGCUGGCCACUAGCUCUCAGUUUAACUAGCUAGUUAACUAGCUAGAAAUUAUUCAAAGUCAAUUUUUAAUUUAACCCGGAAAUAAUUAUUUAAGCUCGCCAUAAGCGCAGGCACUAAAGACGGAAAAAUCGGAAAACUCAAGAACAACAUGCUUGGGCUAAAGAAUGGAGUUUACUAUGAUUCUCUACCUGGAAACAUAGAUCGCGCACUACCAUGGUUAGGAGACGGAAACUGCUCGCAAUUAGGGUGGGAGUUCAACUUCAAAGGCGCUGGCGGUUGUAUCGUACACACGGACACCGGCCAGAUGCUACCCAUCAGAGCUCACCCACGCUUGCAGCUACCCGUGCUCGCAUGUAGUUUCUUUGACAACAAGCAUGAAAGUGGUCUCACUUGUACAUCAAUAGAAGAAGGCGUCUCUAGUUGCUAUCUUACGAGAUUAGAACUACACAGGAGAUGUGGCCACUUUCACAUAGAUGGACUACAAGUUAGUUGCCCAGAAUGUGACCUACAUAAAGGACAACGAAAAUCCCAUGCAAAAUCUAGAGACGUGACCACCUACAAACCCGAACCCCUUAAACUACUUGCGAUAGACUUUGCUGUAGGAAUAAAACCUGUUUCAGUAAGAUCUAUGAGAUGUGUUCUAGUUGUCAUAUGUGACGUAAUUAAGAAGGCGCUUUGAUUGUCGACCGCUGAAGCUUAAAAGUGACUGCGUGGAGGAAAUAGAACAAGUCAUAAAAGGCAUUCGACAGGACUACUCCUUAUCCCUAGAUGACAAGGCAGUAUGGUUCAAUCAUCCGGAGGGAUGGAGAACCAGUCCUCGGUAGUGAUGACAUGACCAAACUCAUGCAAUCGCUGCGGGUCUCAGACAGUCCGGCUGUUCCUUAUAGUCCGGAAAUGAGUGGGACUGUUGGGCGUUUUAUGCGGGCCCUGUUUGGCAGCGUGAGAACAAUGCUAACGAAGGUUGAUCGACGUCUUUGGUGUUACUGUGUUGAGUACGCUAGUGACUGCUGGGAUCGUCUUCCGCAUAAUUGCGCUAAAAUGCCAGAACACGACGGAAAGAGUCCAAUAGAGAUUCUAGAAGAAAGAACUGGUGGAAAUUCUUCCAAAAGCAAAAUCGGCACGCUCCGCCGAUUUGGUUGUCUUGUUUACUUUCGUGAACAAAUUCAAGCCAACACUCCUGAACCCAAGCUCUCGGCCAAAUAUCGCCGUGGCGUCUUCCUUGGACUCUGUCCGAAGUCGUCUGGUUGGUUGGUUGCUACUUUCGCUCAUGACGAUCGUUGCAAGCUUGGAUAUCGAUGGGCGGAAUACUCUACCCUAGAUGUCAAGUUCAGAGAGGAUUAUCUAAUAAAGGACAUAGACUGGCUAACGCCAGAUAGAAAGGGCUUUUACUAUGAGUGCGAUGAACUGGAGAACUUGCAGUGUGGAGCGUCGUCGCUGGGCUCCCCCUUGAUUGGGCAGUCAGUGCAAAGGCUGGGCCAGCAAUCGGGGUUCUCUGGCACGAAGCGCGCCUCAGGUGGCCCGACCGGCAUUCCCGGAGAACUAUACGUUGAAACCUUAGACAAGAAGGCUGAAUCCGACGUGGCUGACUCUUCUGAAGGUGUUUCACUUGAGGAGGGGAAAGUUGAAACGAAGGAUCGGAUCUCUGACUCACCUAGUCCGACUAGAUCGAAAGCGCUAUCUCCCGCGCGUGUUGUGGCAGGCGAACGCCAUACACACGGCAAGAAGCGUGGCCGACCGAAAGGAGCCAAGGACAAGGCUGGAGGAAGGACUCGUAGAACAAAGAAACAGAUGGAAGAACUCAGAAAGAGUUUGGCGCUGUUCGCAAGUGCUAUUGGUGGCGCGUGUGAGAUAGACGAAGAUGAGGAAGUCGUCGAAUCGCGUGUGAUGCUGUCCGUUGCCAAUGAAUUAAAGAGUCCUGAAGCUGAAAAGUGGAAGGAAGUCGCUGACAUUGAGCAUGCGAGACUACUAGCCUUUAAAACGUGGGAAGAAGCUACUGGCGAGCAGCUAGCAACCGCGUUGCGGGCUCUACCAAUUGCCAUCAUACUAACAAGAAAGAGAUGUGGAAAAUACAAGGCAAGAGCCUGUGCACUCGGUAACUUAGAUCGUUCGGGAGAGCUAAACACCUUUGCUCCCGUGGUAUCACAUGCCGCUAAUAGGUUGCUCCUCACUUCUGCUGCGUCAGCGGGGGACUAUGUGAUCCCGUUCGGUUUAGAUUCAGAGUUCCUCAAUGCUGAACUCGAUCGAGAUGUCUAUUGUCGUCUUCCACCCAUCUGGGCGAAACAGCAUGGAUGCGAGAUCGUGAAGCUCAAGAAAGCUCUAUACGGCUUGAAGGACGCACCACGAGCAUGGUUCAAGAGGUAUCGCGAGAUUCUGGCCAGUCUUGGUUGGGAGCCGUGUACUUCUGCGCCUGGAUUGUGGCGCAAACCGAGCAGCAAAGCACCGGGGAAGUUCCUGAAGAUGUCUGUCUAUGUAGAUGACAAUCGUGCUACAGGCCCUCACCAAGAUGAGCCCAAGACCGAACUAGACCUCAUUUUCGCACGUGCUCCAGGCCGUGCGAUUGAAGUCGAGCCAAUUCUAACCCCCUGGGGUCUCGAAUGGCUAAAGUUCGACUUCUUAGGCGCGAUCGUGUACUAUGGCCGUGAAGCUAAGUCGUUCAGACUGUGCAUGGAGCAGUACAUCGAUAAAAUUGCUAAUAAGUAUGAAGCUCAACUAGGGAACCGGUUUACUCGCCCAAUUUUGACGAAACGACUUUUCUUGAAGACGGGACCAAGAUAGUUGAUGGGUAUCCCUUUCGUGAGGUAGUUGGUGCCUUACUAUGGGUAGCUGUAACCGCGCGCCCGGAUAUCUCUGCUCCGGUAGCAGCGUUGGCGAGACAUGUCAGUAAACCCACGUCAACAAGAAUGGCCAAAGCAGCCAAGAAAGUCCCAAAAUGCCUGGCGUCAACAAAAGGCCAAGGAGUAGAAUACUCGCCAGAAAUUAAAAGGAAGAAGAAUUCAACAAAAUACACGAGAAACUUCUACCAGAAGGCAGAGACAUGCCAGAAGUAAACAUAUUCAGUGAUGCUGGUUUCGCCAACUGCAUCAAAACAAUGAGAAGCGCAAGUGGCUCCGUAAUGUAUUACAAAGGUACACCCAUAGCGUGGAGGAGUAACCGACAAACGGUCAGAGCCUACCCAACGGCUGAGAGUGAGUAUAUUGCAGCUUCUGACACGAUAGUGCUCAGUGAGAUGCAUGACUUCGCAGACUUCUAUAAGCCUCUUCGAACCCAGUUGGUACACACACAGGACGGCUUGUCUCCCUCCUUAGGCAGUGCUGUAUUGUGGAUAGACAACCAGUCUGCGACCACAACAGCCAAAGCAACAGACGCUCGCCCUAAAAGUAGACACUAUGCUUUACGUUAUCUAAGAGUGCGCGACGCUGCUAGUAAGAUCGUGCUCUGUCCUACCAACCUCAUGAAGGCAGACCCACUUUCGAAACUAACCUGCAGUGCCACUCAGCGUAGACUUAUCCUACACCACGUAGAUAAUCCGAUAACUACAAGUAAAGAAGACGACUGUGAUUCCUCUGAUGAUGAAACAGAUGGGGAUGGUUUAGCUUACUAUAGCGCAAUAUAUUCGGUUUAUUUUGGUUUCUAAACCACCGUAGCCAGGUCACAUACACUAAACAAGAGAUGUGAUUGCCGUGACUCAACACACAGUGAGGCGGUCACGUGAGACGGACUUCGACCCGCAUCGAUUGAGGAGGGGCGUUGGUCAUGUAUGGUUCAAGCCUCUCGGAUGUCGUGGCGUUCUCUUCUCAGUGGCUCACAAAAAGCCUCGCGCUCGACUGUCAUCGGGAUGAUCUCACAAGACACGAAUGUCAAUGAUCAUGAAUGCUACUUCCAAUGCACACUCAAUGCACAUUCAAUGCAUAAUCAUAAUGAUCAAGGUGUAGACUAGGCACGGUCGUGCUGAUCCUAGUCGUGUGGUGCAUGUUCAGUCCGAUCCCUUCUGACAUGCUUAUGCUGAUGAUGUAUGAUUCAUCUCACCCAAUGGAUGCGCCAAACAGGGACUACACCAACCAGAGAUCGCAAGUCUCAGGCAGGAGUGUCAAGAUUUGCUUGCGUUCAAGAUUCUGGCUUUGUGUUUCCACUGAGAAACGAACCAAGGCGCGGAGGCUUGUGCUCUUGUGGUCCAACAAAUAUCACGCAACAAAAAUCACUAAUAUUCAACCAUAACGCGGAUCGCGUUUUUUCCGUAUUGUAUUCAGUCGCUGGAAUAUAGUCGAACUUGCCACCGCUAUGAUUAUUGUAAUCUACACGCCAUUCAUUAGAUGGAGGAUAGAUUAAAGGGGGAUGUGAUCCAGUUCCCCCGUUUAGCAAAUAUUAAAAUGGUAAGAAGAUGAAGAAGGUGAUGAUCCUAGUCGUAUGGGUAUGUCAUCAGCAUGAACGUGAUGGAGGUCAUUGCAAUCCUAUGGCGACAAAGAUCACAGCACUGAAAUGCCACGCCAAUGAUGUGGGUCCUUAUCGUGUUACUUAUGAGCAAGAAGGUCCACACAUUUGAAGACUUUGCAACCGCAUGAGAAUCAUGCAAAACCUUCACGGUUUGCGCAAAUGAAACAGGCCGGGAAUUAUAUAAAGAACGCGUCACCUUGAGGGUGAAGAAAAGCAGUCCUAGCGUUCACAGACAGCAACCGCUACGAGUUCGCCGAUGGAUCGUUUGCAUCUUUAUCAAUAUCAUCAUCAUCCUCCUCGCCCUCGGCAAUUUUUUCUCAAUUCGGAGGGAGACGAGGAGGCUUUUGUGUUAUUCAAAGUAGAUCAAUUACAGACUUCUGAUUCAUACCAACCAGGUACAUUACGACUUGA